AUGUCCGUGACAGAUUCUAAGAAACGGAAAAGAGUCGUGGAGACUGAGGAGGAGCCGAAAAAAAUUACAAUGGAGGAUAUCCAGCUUCCAGAUUAUUCAAACGACGAAGAUUCCAGUGACGACGACAUCAGCGAUGACAAUGAUUCUAGCGACGACGAACCUAGUGAUGAUUCCGAUGAUUCCGAAGACUCAGACGAUUCUAAUGAUGAUUCUGAUGAUGAAGCUAAAGAAACUAAAAAGUCUGAACCCAAACCAUCAAUAGAAGCACAAGCUGUCCAACCCACCAAGAAAGCAGAUCAAGAAGAAGAAGAAGAAGAAGAAGAAGAAGAAGAAGAAGCUUCUCAGGAAAAACCCAAGAUCGACACGCGUUUUGCCGAGUUUUACAAGCGAUUCCAGAGUGCCGCAAGAAACAUUGCUUUAUCAGCUUACAAUAUUGAUCAAGAAAAGGACGAGUUUGGCAACGUCAAGGCAGUCAAGGCAUUGCCCAUGGAUGCCGUCGAAGAGGCAGAAGCCGACAAAGAAGUUAGGGCAGUAAUGCAACGACGUGAAGCAGCAGCUAUCCCCCAGGGUCUUGUCCCACUCCCAGUUCCUGAGAUAAAUCAGUUUGAAAAUGAAGAUGAAGGCGAUGCUGAUGGAAUCAUGGAUGAGUCCGGUACACCAGAUCUUGCACAACUUCGUAAGAAACUGUCACGUCCAGGAGCUGACGGUGGUGUCGGUGGGUCUUUACCACCAUGGCUCGCACACCCCAUUCAUGUUUCUUCAACCGUUGUUAUCCCAUUUGAUCACAUUGAAGGUCUAUCAGAAAACUUAAAAAAGAGUAUCAAAACAGGCCUUGGAUACCAAGACGCUUUUGCCGUCCAAGCAACUCUUCUGCCACCAUUACUGGCUGCCACGGCUGAUAUUUCACCAGACCCACGACCUGAUAUCCUGGUAAACGCUGCCACCGGCUCAGGUAAAACUCUUGCAUACACAAUCCCUAUUGUUCAAGCAUUGUCGACACGAGUGGUCCCGCAGCUGCGCGCUGUCGUGUUACUUCCUACACGUCCGCUCAUUACACAAGUCGUCCACGUAUUUCGAACACUUGCAGCAUCAGCAUCUACAAAACUCCACAUUACAUCUCUUCAUGGUGACCAUACACUUCGCAGUGAACAGGAGCGUCUACUGAAAACCGUUCCAGAUAUCAUUGUUUCCACCCCAGGUCGUCUUGUCGACCACUUGCGCCUGGGAACAAUAUCCCUGAAACACCUGCAAUACCUUGUAGUUGAUGAAGCUGAUCGUCUUUUAAGCGACAGUUUCAACGAAUGGGCUACUGUUGUGACACGUACCAUUGAUGAAGCUUCAGAAACUACUCAAGAAGAUACCUCUGAUAACACUUCUCUUUUGAAAAACCUCAGGGUUAGAAAGUGGUCGCGGCCUGCUCAAAAAUUAAUCUUUUCUGCUACAUUGACACGCGAUCCUGGAAAACUUGCCAUGCUAAGAAUUAGAGAUCCACAAGUGUACAUCAUUGGCGGCGAAACCGGCUCAGAUGAAUCGUCUGCUACCAAGAGCUCCAUUACUGGCACCCCAGCAUCAACCGACGGUAAGGAGUUCACUGUUCCACGAACCCUAACAGAAAGACUUGUCCCUAUCAAAUCUAUUUCUGUCAAACCUCUGCGUCUUAUGCAGCUCAUUUCUCUCCACCAAGGCCAUUCCAAGGGCAUUGAAGACAGUUCUAUGAAAACACAUGUUCUUGUCUUUGUUAACAGUAACGAAUCGGCUGCUCGUUUGGCCCGCCUGCUUACACUUCUUGAUGAAGAAGUUUUCCAUCUGGGUCUAGUGUACCAGCGUUGUAGCAGUGAGCAACCAGCAGCCGUCCGUCGCCGUGUUUUGCGUGCUUUUGCAGCAACAGGUACCUCUACACAAACUUCCUCCGAAGAGGGCCCCAUUAAUGUACUUGUUUGUACCGAUCUUGUGGCCCGUGGUAUUGAUAUUUCUGCUGUUCGCAAUGUCAUCAACUAUGAUAUUCCUCGCGGCCCCCGUGACUACGUGCACCGUGUGGGUCGUACUGCGCGUGCAGGUCAAACAGGUACUGCGUGGUCAUUUGCAGCUGACCGCCGUGACCACGGCCGUUUCUGGCGUGGCAUCUCGGAUCAUAUUUUCCGUGAGGGCAAGGAAACGGUGCCAGGAUCGAGCACUGAUACAGAUGGCGAUGUGGCCAUGAACACAGAGGGUGAAGAGGACAAAAAGGAAAAGGAAAAGGAAACGUCAUCUGUUGUAGAGAAAUACGAGCUGGAGGAGUUGGUACCCCAGGAGGGAACCCGCGACUACGAGCGUACUGAAGAAGGAUACAGCCGGGCACUGCAGCGUCUGGAGAAGGAAGUUCAUGGAAAUUAG